CUUUCUAAUAGCUCCUGCACCUGUAACCAAACCAGAGUCAUAGGAAGACUAACACCUAUUAUCACACGGACGGGAAAUAUAAUAUUGCUUCCUACUUGAGAAAGACUUCCCUGAUAUAAGGUGCAUCUCUGAUCAAGCAAGGGUAGCUCUGUUCUUAUUCUCUUGCUAUUGCCCUCUUGUUUGGCAACUAACUAGCCGAGCAACACGGGCUCUUUACUUCAUAUAAAGAGAAUGAGGAUCCCUACUUGACUGAUAACUUACUCGAAGGUGCAUUUGAUCUUGCUGUCCUGUGUCGAAGGUUGGGUGUUAAUUAAAAUCACACUUUUUAAUAAUUUAUUUUUCGGAUGGACAUAAAAGAAAAGGGUAAGAUUUCCAAAAGCUAUUUACGUAGGAGAAUAAGUCAUCGCUUGCGGCUCCCGCUUUCAAUUAAAGGGGCAGGGCAUCUUUCUGUUGCCGGUUAGGUUAACCUCAAAAGUUCAAUAGGAUAAGCUGCUAGCUCUAACCGAACUCUCGGGUAUAUAUAAGUCCGACGAAAGACAACCCGCUUCUCAAAGGCGAGGUUCUGAAAGAAAGCAAGCGGUGCACUUAAAUCUAAUUAAAUCUAAAUAGGGUGGUAUGGGCGAGAAAGAUAAAGCGAAGAUCUAGACAAAAGACCUACUCGAUGGGAAUUAGCCAAUGUGUGCUCCUAAAGUUAGAAAACGUCCCGGCAAGAGCUGUCAGAAUUCACCCCAUAAGGUAAAUUACCCUUUCUCUUGUGCCUGCAUUCGCUAUUCCUAUUCCGCGAAAGCUUUUAUGCCUAGCCCCAAAAAACCCAAACGAAAGGGUGCGGAGAAUAAUAGGGAGCCCGAGGUGCCCCACUUCAAAAAGGGGGAGAUUCAGGAGCUUGCAGCCCAAAACCGUACAGCUCAUAAAAUCAAAGAACUGCUGGAGACCCGGUGGGUAGGUUCUUAUCAAAAGAUCCCGACCCUCGAGAGUAUAAAGCGGGCUGUCACGGAACUGGGCUACGACCCGAGAGCCAUAUUUGGUUCUCUCGAGCCCAGCAAGGGGAAGUAUUCAACAAUUUUUCUUUGAAUAUAAAAGAAAAUUCUUGAAUUGCGCAAGUACUAAUAAUAGUAAAAAUUGAUCUUCUAAGAGAUCGACGCGAAACCUAAUCCACCUACCCGCUCAUCAAUCACGGUGUUCAGCUUACUUGCACGGAUAGACCCCUAUUGUCUUGGAAUUAGGCGCCCAUCUUUUGACUGUUGUCAGCUAAUCUCUUCAACGUUCGAUUAUACUCUAUGUUAGAAUAUUUCUGUGAAUGCUAUUCUGAUCUAAGUGGUCCUAUUCUGUGUCCCGUGCUAGGAAGCAUUACUCCUCUUUUCAUUCCAAAUUCAAGAAUACGGCCGAUACGAUUGAUUGGUCUGUGUGCCUCUCUUAUUACUUUUUUGUAUCCCCCUGUUCUUCGGAUACAAUUCGAUCCUUCUACGGCCAAAUCUCAAUUUGUGGAAAGCCUUCGAUGGCUUCCUUAUGAAAACAUUCAUUUUUAUUUGGGUAUAGACGGUAUCUCUUUAUUCUUCGUGAUAUUGACCACAUUUCUGAUCCCUAUUUGCAUUUCAGUGGGCUGGUCUGGUAUGAGAAGUUAUGGGAAAGAGUAUAUUACAGCAUCUCUAAUUCGUGAAUUUCUAAUGAUCGCCGUGUUCCGCAUGCUGGAUCCUCUACUAUUCUAUGUUUUUCCCGAAAGCGUGCCAAUCCCGUCUACCAUUAUUAUAGGGGUAUGGGGUUCGAGACAAAGAAAGAUCAAGGCAGCAUAUCAGUUUUUCCUUUAUACUUUACUUGGAUCUGUUUUUAUGCUAUUAGCUAUUCUGUUGAUUCUUCUCCAAACAGGAACCACCGAUUUACAAAUAUCAUUAACCACAGAAUUUAGUGAGCGGCGCCAAAUCUUUCUAUGGAUUGCUUCUUUCGCCUCUUUCGCCGUCAAAGUGCCUAUGGUACCAGUUCAUAUUUGGUCACCCGAAGCUCAUGUAGAGGCGCCUACGGCAGGAUCCGUCAUCUUGGCAGGAAUUCCUUUAAAAUUGGGAACCUACGGGUUUUUAAGAUUUUCAAUACCCAUGUUUCCCGAAGCAACACUUUGUUCCACUCCUUUCAUUUAUACUUCAAGCGCGAUUGCUAUAAUAUAUACUUCCUCGACCACUUUAAGACAGAUCGAUCUUAAGAAGAUCAUUGCUUACUCCCCAGUAGCUCAUAUGAAUCUGGUGACUAUUGGUAUGUUUAGUUCGAACAUACAGGGAAUUGGAGGUAGCAUUCCACCGAUGUCAAGUCAUGGACUGGUUCCCUCAGCCCUUUUUCUAUGUGUUGGUGUUCUAUAUGACCGACAUAAGACUCGACUUGUUAGAUAUUACGGAGGUUCAGUGAGCACCAUGCCGAAUCUCCCUACCAUUUUCUUCUCUUCCACUUUGGCCAAUAUGAGUUCACCUGGUACUAGCAGCUUUAUCGGGGAAUUUCUCAUCUUAGUAGGAGCUUUCCAAAGAAAUAGCUUAGUAGCCACAUUAGCAGCGCUUGGGAUGAUUUUAGGUGCGGCGUAUUCCCUUUGGCUAUAUAAUCGUGCGGUUUCUGGGAAUUUAAAACCCGAUUUCCUCCAUAAAUUCUCCGAUCCAAAUGGCAGAGAAGUUUCCAUAUUUAUACCUUUUCUUGUUGGACUUGUUCGGAUGGGUGUUCACCCCAAAGUGUUCCCGGACCGCAUGCAUACAUCCGUAAGUAACUUAGUGCAACAUGGCAAAUUUAAUUGAUAGGAAUCACCAAAGAAAAGAAAGCGGCG